AUGGAAGAUUGCAACUCAGAGAUCAAGAGAGAGGCAUGCGGAGGUAUUCUGGAUCCUGAACAACUCCGUCUGAUUGACCAGCGCAAGAUUGAGAGCGAGAUCGACAUUGCAGACAGAGUCUAUUGUCCGAACCCCACAUGUUCCGCUUUGAUGGCGAAACAAAAACUCCUUAAACACACAGAAGAAUCCUUUCUCGGUGCCGUGCAGUUGGGAGCCAGAAAGUGCAUGGUGUGUGGCACGUUGUUCUGCAUAAACUGCAACUUUGAUUGGCACGAUAACAUGACAUGUGAUGAAUUUCGAAAGACACAGGCUUAUCUAACAUCUGAUCAUGCAAAGUUUGAGUCUGUGGCUGAGAGUGAGGGAUUGAAGAAAUGCAGAGUGUGUAGCACUAUCAUCGAACGAGCUUAUGGUUGCAACUAUAUGAUCUGCAGAUGCAAACACGAGUUCUGUUACGCCUGUGGAGCUGAGUGGACAAAGAAGAUACAGACAUGUAAAUGUCUGCGCAUGAAUUAA